CCAAAUACUAAUCUUGAAAUAAAGAUGCUUCUGAUUAAUGGUGCAGCCAAAAGUCCAGUUAAAAUUAAAGAUCUCAGUGCUGAUCAAACCGAAGGUGAUGUUGAAGAUGCAAAAGAUAUGCUACAAACAUCCAGAUCU